AUGAAGAUCUUUCCUCACGCGAUCGAGCUCUCUCGUGUCACUGACAAAAUGGCCUGGGUCCCAGGUCAAAUGCUUGGAGAGCCAGAUGCUGAGACGAAGGCCCCGAUUUCUAUCUCGCAAGAGUUCAUUUUUCCAGGCGACAACACAGACACUCGCUCGUCGACCUCCCGAGGUCAUCAAAUCCAUCACAAACGGCCGCCAGGAGUAGGUGCCGGAUGGGGUGGGUAUGAUGAGUUCUACGAAUGGCAAGGCAACGGUCGUACCAUCAACAAGGACUGGGUCAAGCCUGGAAAUUGGGAAAACUCGGAGGCCUCCCGAAUUACCUUCUCUAACGACAACGGAGAGGUCGAUGUCGCGCACUACACCGAUGCUGAGAUUGAGAAAAUUCAGUCCAAGUCAGCCAAUUCCAGAUCGCUGCAUACGAAACUCAGGAACAGAGGCACUGGAUACGUCCAACAGUCAGCUCGUCGGGGUCGUGGCAAUGUGCGUGGAGGCAAAGGGGCCCGAGGAGCCCGAGGAGGCCGGGGAGGAAUUACCAGUUACUGGUAA